AUGGAGGUCACCAAAUUUGUCGUGUCAGGGCGCGACAAUGCAAAGCUCUUUGGCGACUAUGCAAAGUACCGCACGCUAUUGUCAAACCGGAUCCAUAACCUGCGCACGAAGCUGGGGAUUGCGACAAAACCCCGCGCGAAGUAUUCCAGCAAGGCCCCGGUGACUGCUGAAGAUAUUGGGCGCAACAAGGAGUUCGUAAACCUGUUGUUGCUCACGGCAGAGCGCGCGUGGGCACAUGCCAUGUCCAUGAGGGAGAUCCAUUCUGCGGACAAGAAGGGGAUCACUGGCUCAACUCGAUCGCACAUAAUCUCACGGCUUCAUAAAGCUACCAAAUAUGCCAGCACGUUAUACCAACUUCUUACGGACAAUGAGACCACCGGUGCUGUCGACGAGGAUGUUCUCGAAGCACGUGCGUACGCGGCGAUGCUCUCUGGGACCCGGGAAUUCGAGAGGCAGAAGUGGGAGCCUUGUGUGGAGAGCUACUCUGAAGCUAGGAUCAUUUACAGUGCGUUGGCUACGUCUACAAAGAGCGAUAUGUUCAAGGAUCUACUGUCGGAUCCAGUUGACCCAAGCAUACGAUACGGAGCAUACCAGAUGAAAUUGCCUCGCACAGUAGCUAUACCUAAUAUUGCACGGAAGUUCUUCCCGCGUCAUGACAGCAGGUUGGUUUCGCAAGUAGAGAAGCUUGAUGCAGACGUAUUGAAUGACCAACCGACUAGGGCCAGGGCCGCAACUGCGGCGGCUGGUACCAUCCCGAAAUCGAUAACAUGGAGGUCUCGAACGGUCGACCUGGAAGACGCUGCAAUCGCUACGGCUCUGGCUUCAGUAAACAGUGCAGCAGAAAAAUUGACUCAGACACUGGCAUCGGUGACAGCUGCACAAGCCAAGGGGAAGGCUUCUGCUUAUGACGAGAUUCUCAUCGCAAGUCAAGAUGCAGUGGAUGCGACUAAGCAUGCAAUCGAUGAACUGGCUGGAGAAGGAGUUGGACAAGGAGAUAAGCGUAUGCAGAGUUUACAAAUCACCAGGACAGCAGUCAGCUACGAAAUGGUCAGUUGGCGAAUAGGACGAAACAGAGUGUUAGUUGGAGAGCAAGAUGGAGCCGUGAUCGACAAACCCAUGGUCCAGCAUAGUAAAAAGAAGAAGGCAAAGGUUGCACUGGUGGAAGGGACUGGACGCAAGCUUGCUCGCUCACGCGAAAAAGCCGCUCUUUAUGAUUCCAUUCUGCAAAGUCUGGACUCCAUCAAAGAGCUCCCUGGAGUUGCAGCCGAUGCCUCGUUUCUUGAGGAGCUGGACGCAAAAUAUGGGUAUUUCUCUGCACUCAAGUGUCUGACCUUAGCCCGCUCCCACGCUCUCCUCUCCAAUCCCAAGAAUGCUCUCGCUCUCCUUGCUCGUGCAUCUGAAAAGUGUGAUGCCGCACACUCCCAAAUCUCCUCCCAAAUGGACACAUCUGACUCGUCACCCCCAAAUAUCGCCAUAUUCCCUUCAGAAGUGCACUUCCUGAAGACCCUUCUUGAUGGCGAGCUUCAACAUUAUCGCGCGCUCGUCGAACUUUCCAACCUCGCCGCAUCCCAAAACUCCGACGACUCAGCGAGUCGACAACCCCUGGUCGAAAGAUUAAGCCAAUACCCGGCGAAGGAUGUGGACCUGAAGAACCUGGUGACGUAUCCUCCGAAGUUGGAGCCAAUCCCCGUGAAGCCAUUAUUCUUCGAUGCUGCGUGGAACUACAUCGAGUAUCCAGGCAGGGAGGUCCACGAGAUUCCCGAGACCAACGGAGCACAAGAGGUAGCGGCGAAGGGCCAGACGGUGGAACAAACCGCCCAACAGAAGAAGGGAUGGUUUGGGUUUGGCAGGUAG